UCAGCACCAGUGACUGUGGAAGCAGGCAGUGGCUGACAUCUUCCCUAUUCUGCUGGACCAUCCGGCCCUGGGCACAAAGCUGCUCUACAGGCACCAUGUGGAGAGCCCUGCUGUUCGCAGCCCUCCUGGCCUUCAGCCUGGCUCCCAGCAGCUUUGGUGCUGUGUGUGAGGAGCCACAGGAGCAGGUGGUACCUAGCAGGGGCCACAGCAAGGACACAGAUCCCUACCAGCUUCCCCGAUCGCUGCUUCGGAGACUCUACGACAGCUCCAUCUCCCUGGAUGCAUUGCUCAAAGUGCUGAGCAAGGCUAGUGUGGGCCCUAAGGUAUCUUCACUGCCUCAGAAACGUGACAUGCAUGAUUUCUUUGUGGGACUAAUGGGCAAGAGGAAUACUCAGUCAGACACUCCUGUGGAUGUGAACCAAGAGGACGCCACCAGUUUUGGGACCUUCAAGUAUCCCCCCAAUGUAGAAUGAGCACCCUACUUCUGGACACCAUGCUUCAUCAUGAAGAUACCUGCUGUUCUCUCUCAGCCUCAAAGUGCAUGUACCCUUUUUGCUCUUUGUCUUCCCAGCUCCUGUAAUACUGUGUGGUUUGACUCCUUCCCUGCUUUAUACCCCACUUGGAUGUAAAAACUAUAUAGUUUGCACCCCAACUUUCAAGCAGGCAGUGGCUAAAGAUUCCAUGGAGUUUCUUUCAUAUCCUAUAUAAAAAAAUUGAGGUUUCUCUCUUCAAUAAAAGAUUUCCACACAU